AUGGGUAAAGCGCAUAAAACAAAGAAAUUUGCAACAAUCAAGCGCAUGAUUACAAAAAAGGACCCAAGAUGUUAAAAACGACAUCUAGAGCAGCCAAAGGAAGAGAAGAAGAAAGGUGUUAAUGAUGUGGAAAUAAAAGAAUUACCAUAAGAGCCAAGUCACUUAUUCUUUAAACAUAAUCCAGCCCUUGGACCUCCCUACAGAAUUUUACUUGAUACAAACUUUUUAAAUUUCAGCAUUUCAAACAAACUAGACAUUUUUAAAAACACAAUGGAUUGUCUUCUCGGGAAAUGCAUCCCAUAUAUUUCUGAUUGCGUGAUUGCUGAAUUAGAGAAAUUGGGAUAAAAGACAAGAUUGGCUUUGAGAUUAUCCAAGGAUCCUCGUUUUGAGAAGUUGACUUGUGAUCAUAAGGGCACUUAUGCUGAUGAUUGUUUAGUGAAUCGAGUGAAACAGCAUAGAUGUUUCAUAGUAGCCACGUGUGAUAAGGAUUUAAAACGCAGAAUCCGUAAAAUACCUGGUGUUCCUAUAAUGUUCAUCUAGAAUCACAAAUAUACUAUAGAAAGAAUGCCUGAAGCAUUUGGUGCUCCAAGAUGA